AUGAAGUUAAUAAGAACCACUGUCUUAGAGCGAUGGGGAAUACGCCACAUUGUGUCAACGCCUCAUUAUCCACAGUCCAAUGGCCACGCAGAGGCUGCUGUCAAGGGAGUGAAACACCUCAUCCUGAAAGUGGCUCCAUCUGGAAACAUCGACUGUGAGGCGUUUGACAGGGGACUGUUGGAGUUACAUAACAUUCCCACCCACACAGGACGCUCCCCAGCCCAGACACUCUACGGCCACCCACUUCGCUCGUGUCUCCCUGCCCACGCUAGCUCUUUUGCAAAGGGAUGGCAAGCCAGAGCAGAGAGCUGCGACCGCCGCGCCGCCAAACGUGCCCAAGACGUCGAAGCACGGUACAACAACCGUGCUCACCCUCUUCCACCUCUCAAGAUUGGAUCCCUCGUCCGUAUCCAGAACGCUACUACGAAGCGAUGGGAUACAGUGGGUACUGUGAUGGGCGUCGGACGAUCGCGGGACUACCAGGUGAGGAUGCCCAGUUGCCGAGUAUGGUGGAGGAACCGACGCUUCCUCCGUCCUGUCCCAUCCCCAGCUCUAGACUCUCCAGCUGCACAAGAGCACCGCAAUGGUGAAGCACCUACACCCCACCCGCCCAGCCCUCGUCGCUCUGAACGACUCAAGGCUAAGUGAGACGCUCAAGA